AUGUUCAAGAGAUACAAGCUUAAGCCAAAAGUCAUAAAGCCGCUUGCGGUCAGACACAAAACCGUGGGGGUGUCCAAACGAAUAUCCGACGAUCUGCAGAAGAUACUAAGCAUGCUAAAGCACAGCUCAUCAACAAUUCGAAUGCGGGGCGCCAGAGAAGCCGAAGGCCUAGAGUGUGUGUCUGAGGAGAUGAUCAAAGAGAUAAUGAAAAUGUGCAAAAGCGACAAGAAAGAGGUGCGCGCGCUGUUCUAUCGGAUAGUUGCAAAGCUGCUAGCAAAGGCGCUGCCUGCAGAGCUGAAAAACUGGGAGAAGUAUGUGAUUCUGUAUUUGGAGACAAUGAUGACGUGCACGGUCAUAGACGUGCGGAAGGACAGUCUAAAUCUGCUGGACAUUUCGAUGAAGUACUUUCCAGAGAAGGUGAAUGCAAUGAAGCAGGAGUUGAUGCAGUGGCUGGAGAAUGAUGAGAAAAUCAUUUCACUGGAGGUUAAGUACACAAAAUGGGUGCAGGACAUCAUAAUGCGGCAGAAAGUCCUCAUGGCCUUGCACAAGAUUCCGCACACGGCCACGCCGUUUAACAGCCGCAUAUACUUGCUGCACAGCGGGCCGUUCGUCAAUGGAGUGUAUAAAGGAAAAUAA